UGCUGGUGAUCUUCUUCGAGCAGAAAUAAAAUCUGGUUCUGAAAAUGGGUACAAUCCCUUAUUUUCUGGCUAUUUAAUUUUCUUCAACAUUUGUCCUGGACAAUCAGCAAUGGAAUGUAUAGGAUAAAUCCUGAUUUGCUGUCCUUGACUAGCAUCAUUAUUGAAAAUAUCCAACUCAAGCUAGCCAGCAAAUAAAAUGAACUCUUGGAUUGCCAUCCUUGUACAUUUAGCACGCCUGAAAUGUGGAGAGUCAACAUCUAAUGGUUUACAUCAUUGCUAUAGGCUAAAAUCGUGGUUGGAUGGAUUAUUCACUGUUUUGAUUCUGUAAUUCUUCAGCAAAACAAAGAUAAAUGGGAUCUUAGCAUAUCUUUGUGAUGCUUGAAUUUGUUUACUAUGCAAGACAGAUUCAUGUCUUCAUAACAAGCUCCUGUAGGAUUCCAUUUCCUUUUAAUAUACCUUUGCUUAUAAAACUUUAUUGCAAAUUAGUUCUGAAUCGUGGUGUGAGAGGACUAUGUCCUUGUGAACACUAACUUGGGUCUAGUACCUACUUAAUGGAAGUCUAUGUAAGUGGUUCAGUCUUUUGAGAGGGGGUUUCAUGGUGGCUGCAGAGAUCUGAGAGCAUUCCCAGCAGAAAUUUUUAUUGAUCUGGGUUUUCUCCAGGAUCUCUCAUCUUUAUAGUAUUUUCCUUUAGGCUUGGCCACUGAUUCCUCACAUCCAAUAUUUAGUGUCUUCCAUUUGAUCUAGUAUGCAUCCUAUAUUAAAUGCCUCAGAUGCAUUUACUCUUACAUGUGUUGUAUGUGAAUGUAAAGGUUUAAUUCUUUACAGAAUCUGGAUGUUUAUCUAUCUAUUGAAUGCCAGUUUAGAUUUUGUUCCAAUAAGUUUUGGGUUCUGAUCUUUUGUUGAAUUCCUUAUUUUUGCCCUUGCUUCUAAACUUUUGGUUCUCUCAUAAUCUAUAGGACCAUGAUUCAGAACAUGAUUAAGGAGGGAAAGAUUGUUCCUUCGGAGGUAACAAUCAAGCUCCUCCAGCGAGCAAUGCAGGAAAACAACAAUGACAAAUUUCUAAUUGAUGGUUUUCCUCGUAAUGAGGAAAAUCGUGCGGCAUUUGAGUCCGUUACUGGUAUUGAGCCAGAAUUCGUUCUGUUUGUUGAUUGUUCGGCAGAGGAGAUGGAGAGGCGCCUUUUGAGUCGUAACCAGGGAAGAGAAGAUGAUAACAUUGACACGAUAAGGAAGCGAUUUAAGGUUUAUAUGGAAUCCAGUCUCCCUGUGAUUGAGUAUUACAACUCUAAAGGGAAGGUUCGGAAGAUUGAUGCAGGGAAGCCUAUUGGAGAAGUUUUUGAAGCAGUCAAAGCUGUUUUCACCUCCCCGAAUGACAAGGAGCUUUAAGUUGCCCGCAUAUCAUUGUCCUAUGUCUACAAGUCUAUGUGCAUGGUGUCCGAUCCUUUCUUUGGCGCUCACUUUAGAAGGUUAAAGUUUAUUUUGUUACAAUUAUUUUUUGAACGAGGAGGUUAAAUUCUAAGUGAUGAGGUUGCCGCCUCUUAAUAUCAUGUAUAGUUAGGUGGGAAUCUUGAUGGGAAUACAUAAAAUGUUUUAUUAUAGCAAUCAUGAAAUGCUUUGUUGAUUCCUUAUUAUUGUAAUCAUGAUAUUCUUUCUCUUUCUCUCUCUCUCUCACACACAAACACGCAAACACGCACGCACACACACGCGCACUCGUGCGCACAGUUUUUCUAAGAACCCACGUUAAUAUGAGGUAGUUGAUUCACAGAACUGUGUAUUUGCAGCCCUGUUCAGGCUGCAGGUUAUCAGCCUGUAAUUUUUUAUGCAGAUGUCCACAACCGAAGAUCAAUGAGUACACAUGCUGAGCUCGGGCGAAGUUUAAAGUGGUUACAAAUGAUUUAGGAUCACUGAGAAAGCAAGUACUCUGAGGCACAGACAAGAAGAAAGUUUUCCUGGAAACUUUAUUAAUGGAAUCAACUGUUUAUAGAUUGGUCUGCAAGGUUGUGUCUGGUUUGCGUAUUAGGUUAGUUCAGUAGUCGAAUAGAAGGCAUAACAUAAACUUGUAUGUCUUAAUUCCGAGUUCCUAUUUGUAUGAUACCUUGAUUUAACUUAU